AAAGGAAAAUGUUGUUCAGAAUCACCCGAGCAACCCCCCGUUUCCGAGAGUUACACAAGUUACGGAACACCCUGUAUGUGUAUAUAGGUGCUGUGGAGUAGGCCCAAAUUUUUUUAUAUAAGUAAAUAAGGAAAGUUUGUUUUAAAUGAUACAAAUGAGGAAAUAAAAAUGUUUGAAGUUAGUGAAUCUGAAAAGAAACGACUAAAAUCAUUGCAAGAUAAGAAACAAGCUUAUAGAACCAAAGAAUUGAUAGUGCAAAAUGCAUUAAAAGAUUUGGAUAAGAAUUCGAAUAAGAAUAAAAUAAUAUUUGAUGAAGACAUUAAUGAAGAGGAACAAACUGAGACUAAAGGAAAAGUUAAAAAAAGGAAACGUGAUUUGUUUGACAAUAACGAUAAUGACGAAGAUAAUGAGUUUAUUUGGGAUAAUGACAAAUUUAAAAUUAAAGAAAAUAAAUCAAGAAUGUUUCAUGGGUCCAAUUUUUCUGCAGGAACUGAUGAACGGUUUAAACUUGACAUACGUUUUAUCGAAGAUGAUCAUGUUUCAGAUGAAAAUGCUAUAACACAAAAAGAUGUUGAAACUGAUUUAAAAAAGGAAAAGGAAUUGCAGUUAGAUAUUUUAGAAAACAUUCUUGGGGUACCAUGUACUUCAAAAAAUAAAAGUGCAACUACAGAAUCAAAAGUUGCAAAGAAAGGAAUGGUUAGAUAUGAUCCUACAAAAGAGAAUCAUAAAGAAUAUGAAAUCAACACAGGGAAAGUAAAUAUACCUAAAAAAGAAGUUCAAAAGAAACAGAAAGUCAAAAAGAACACUGAAGAUACUAUUGAAAAUCCACCAGUAGAAGUAUCAAAAGAUAUUUACUUCUCAGUAUCAGAAUCGUUAACAAAAAGCUUAAGAGAAGGAGGAGGAUUUAAUUUGUUAAAUAAAUAUGGAAAUAAACAAAACAAUGAAAAAGAAGACAAUGAUUAUAAUGCAACACCCAUAGAACCAUCGCAACCUCCAAAAUUUCAGCUCGAUUUUAAAUCAAAAAAUCCAUUCAAAUAUGAUUCUACUGAUGAUGAACAUGAUAACAAGGAACUAUAUGGGAAUAAUGAACAACAUAUAAAUGAGGAGUUUCAGGAUACAAAUAAAUUCUUUUUCGAUGCUAACGAUACACGUUUUAGUGAAGCUGUAAAUUUUUUCUCCAAAGAAUACGUGCCUGAUGAUACUUUUAAAAAUCUCAGGUAUGAAUUGAAACAAAUUAUGCGUUCAAAAAUUCGAAAUAAUAUAAAAAAAGUUCAACCAUUGGGACGUAAAAAAAGUAUAAAAAGAUUAUCUAAAAAUGUUCAUUGAACAAUUUAUUAAAAAUGUAAACAAGAACAUUGAGUUUAUAAAGAUCCCUUUACAAAAAAGAAAUAAAAUUUCUGUAAGAAAAUAUA